AGUAGACUUGUUAUUCUACAGACAUAAGACAGACUGCAAACUUUCCAGUGUAUUUACAGCAUUGGAGCUUUCUAUUCUAACUUACAGGCAACAUGAAGCUUUUGAUCUUUGGUGUGAUUUUGAUUGCUACACAUACUGGAGCCCAAGAUCUGGUCCAAGAUCCGGUAAAAAAGCUUUGUUACACUCAGUGGUUUGACCGGGACAAUCCCAGUGGGAAUGGAGAUUAUGAAACCUUGAAAGACUUGAGAGCAGAGUAUCCAAAAAAGAUCUGCUCCAAACCUCUGACCAUUCAGGCUGCAACACUCACUGGAGUUCCUGCAGAAAGCAUUGGACAAGUGUUUCAAGUGUAUGACACAGUUUCUGGAUUUGCCUGUGUCAAUUCUCAACAAAAGAAUGGAGAAUGCUGCUUGGACUAUAAGGUGCGUUUUGGAUGCCCAUGCCCUUGGCCCAUAGUCAAGCCUAUAUUGUCUGCAGUGGAGGAGAGCCCAGCCCAGACAAAUACAACUUUUACUUAGAUACUGCACACAUGCAUGCUUGUUUCUUCAGCCAUUUUAUUAUACAAUUUAAAAGGCUGUUUUUCUUUUUAAAAUGUCUAAAAUGUCACUGAGUGUUUCUUGUUUUUUAGAUGAUUAACUUUUUCACUUGUUUUCUUAGACAGUUGGUGAUUAGGUUAUUGACUGUAGCAUGUUCUUUGUAUGCUGUUCUUGUUAUGAAUUAAAGAAUGCAAACAUA